UCGCCAAAGAUGCUUGUCUUUAGUAUUUGCUUUGUUCUUAAGAACGAUCUAAUUGCUUUCUAAACGUAGAACAACCUUUUGUUUAAAAUGACAGGAUACGUAGCUUGAAUACAAUUUACUAUGAUUUGUAAUACCAUCCAAUGAAGACGAGAUCUCCCGUGGGAACCAUCCACCAGUCAGCUAAGACCUUGUUGUUUGGAAAAUUCAACUUGGCACUUCGUUUUGAAGCUGUUAACAGUUAAACCAAACUUAUUGAACAAUUCAUGCUUCGCGAACAUGUCUUUGUUAUGUCGUCUUGAAGGUUAACUCUCACGAACAUCGUGUGGAUCAUCAACUGAAUUCCAUCACUUCGCGUUGCCAACUUGUUCAGGGACAAGGGAACAAGAUACUCUUAAAGAUUACAAACUACACCCUGCGCUGGUGACAGAUCAAUCUACGAAACUUUCCUGCAAGAUCAUUCAGGCAGUAAAAUUUAAUCAGGGUCAAACAAAUAGAUUCAACAAAMGUCCAAUAUCCCAAACAAGACAUAAAUURCAAAGUUUACAACAGUAGACAAACAAACAUGGGGUUGUCAUAUCACCUUUCUGUUGAAUUUAUUUUGAUUUGAUCUUCUUGUUGUACCGUUAAAACAAGACCGUAUAAAACAGAAAACUUGAUGAAAUCGGAAAUGAUAUGCUUGUAAGCAUUUGCUAUGGGCAUUUUAUAAAGAUUAAUGGCAGAACAAAUUACGGAACCCGUCGAAGUUGAGGUUCMUGAAACAUUCAAGGAUGAAACUGUCUUGGAAGAUCGCGAAGAUACUCCUAAAAAAAAAUCAGAAGAACUCGAUGAUUCCGACUCCCGUAGUGACACCCCGCCACUUGAAAGUGGUAAUGWUGAUCCCAAACUGUCGACACCGGCAUCAUUUCAUUCCGGAAUGUCUUCAAGGUCGACAACGGAAAGUGACCUGGAAACAGCGUCGGACAACAUCAAAGUUGUUGUUAGGGUUCGACCACUUAAUGCUUCUGAAUUGACAAGAAAUGACAAGAAUAUCAUUGAGUUCCCAGGAGAUGGGGCGCUAUGGAUUGAUAACUUYGGGCAAAUCAAACCUUUCACCUUCAACGCUGUUUUUGAGGAAAAAACAAGUCAAGCUGAAAUGUUUGAAAACUGUGGUAUAAAACAUCUUAUUAAUAUGGCUCUAGAAGGAUACUCUUGUACUGCAUUUGCUUUUGGUCAAACUGGAUCAGGAAAAACACAUACAAUAACUGGACCUAUGAACUCUGAGAACCUCCACUAUGAAGACAAGAUGUUACCAAGUCCAGAGAUGCUGGGACUGAUAGAAAGGUCAGUAGGGGAUUAUUUUAUUMGAUAUAUGUUAUGGAGUGAAAGAGUAAAGGAGACCAAAUCCGUUGGUGAAGCAUUCACAGAAUCACAAAAUAUUAAUAAAAGUUUGUUGACAUUAGGAAACUGUAUAUCAGCGUUGAGCGAUGCCAAGAAAAGGACAGGACAUAUACCAUACCGCGAUAGUAAACUUACCAAACUACUGGCGGACAGUUUGGGUGGUGAUGGAGUAACACUGAUGAUUGCCUGCAUAUCCCCYUCAAGCUACGUUGUGUCGGACACUCUAAAUACACUACGAUAUGCUAACAGAGCCAAGAAGAUUAAAAAUAAACCUGUYGUUCAAAUGGACCCAAAGGAGAAACUGAUCAUUAGUUUAAAACGUGAGAUCAAGUUGCUUAGAACAGAGAACAAUUACUUUCGCCAGCAGCUUGGUUUGCCGAGUAGUGAUUCACAGACAACAAUAACAAACACAGAAGAAAACAACAACAAACCGAACCGUAAAACACUCAAAGAAAACGCGCACAAAAUAAAUAAGCAAAACAGUUUAAUGGUGAUCGAAGAUGAAAGAAACAAACUUACAACUGCAAAUUUAACUGCUGGGGCCAAUAGUAGCUUGUACGAUAUGCUACAAGAAUACAUGAUGGAAAAUGAACAUCUAAGAUCAGAGAAUAGUGAACUUCAYAAAUCACGUGAAGAAGUGUCAAGACAACAAGAGAUCGUUUCACGGGAAAAUGAGCGAUUGUUAAAGAAACUUGAAGAUUUGGAGAGAGUUUUCGUAUCGUCUCCGAUCUCCUUUCGGACAUUGUCGGGAGUCGAGCGUACACGGUCGUUACCCGAAGGUGCUGCAGGUUCGGAAGGGUUUCGAUCAACCGUUCAAUCAUCCACACCGCAUUCUUUGGACUAUGCGUCAAGGAAUGGUAAGCAUGACUUCUUGAGAACGAUUAAGUCAGAUGACUUAAGCNUUUUGCAACGACACAGAUCGUCAUCGGAGCCUUCGACGCUUGCGUUUCCGCCAAUCAAGAACGGACCGUACCCAAACUACACGAGUCAUUCUUGGGGAGCUUCACCGAACUAUAGUAAAGAAAAUACUAGCAGUCAUUCUACGCCUAUACGUUCAUUAAUACCUAGUGGAAGUCCUAACCGCACCACGUUGAGCAAGUCCUCACCAGCCAAACUGUAAGUAAUUACGAAGUGUCAAAUUGUGUGCAGUAAAAACGUCUUUGCAARAUGACAUAUCGCGAGAACAAAAACGCUUUAAAUAGAACAUCGAGCUAAGAUCAAACUCAGCAGUUUUGUGAGCGCGUAAUGCGUG